CUUAAUAAAAAAUUGAGCUAUUAUUUUACUAAACUAAGAAUAAAUAUACAAUGAAAUAUUUUGCAUGAACCUUGUAUUUAAUUUAAUUUAAGUUCAGCUGUUAUCAAAGACUUUACUAAGCUCAGUUCGUUUUUUGUUUAAAUCUUUGUAUGAUUGAACAAUAUUUUAUUUUUUAACAGUUAGUUUUAUUAUAUUGUUGCCUAUUUUGCUAUUAUGCUGGCAUUGUAAUUGAUGAAGUUGAAUAUUACUCAUAUUUAUUUUUAUUGGUUAACAACACUCCUUUUAAGUGUUUCAAAAUAUGAUUCCUCUGAUUUAAAAUGCCUGUUUUUUUUUUAAAGUUGAAGGUACUGCACAUGCUAAUUAUCAUAAUCAAUUAUUACUCAUAAUGUCUUCAGCCAAACGACAUUAGGCUGACAAUGUAGACAGAGUCUAUAGUUACACGACAAACAGUGAAACGAGCGUCUGUCCUUGUCUGGGUGGGUUAUCAGCUGAUAACACGCUGCUGCUGCUGCCGCCACCAACUUUAAAUUACCGCGUUGCUCUUUUUGUGUGUGUGUGUGUGUGUGUGUGUGUGUGUCUAUUUUGUUUCCAGGAGAAACCACGCGGGAAUCCCUGAACCUGCCAACCGCCAAUCGCAGAGCAGAGGACGCGGCGCUUCCCGCUCCGCCGUCCGCCCGGGGAGAGUAUUUAGGGGCCGAUGCUCGUCCAGAAGGAGGAAGAGGAAACAACAGGUGCACCAGGCAUGACCGGCCCACACUCCUCUGACCGGCCCACAGGGAAGGACGUGGAUGCGUCUGAAGCGCGGAGGUCCAAAUGAAUGGGACAAUAUGAGGGAAAUGUUCAGCGAUCCGGAGGAGAGGAGGCAGUACACCUACAAGGGCCAAAACGACGGCUCUCACGUUGCCUACAAGCGCUUCAGGAGGCGGAUCCUGCGCAGGAGCGGCAGAGGGGCCCCCGCCGUCAGCAGCACACCUCUGACCACCAGGCGGCGCCGGGACACCAGCUUCGAGUUCGACACCGUGUGUCAGAGGCUGGAGCUGGAUUCUCCACCCAGACACCAUGAACCGACACAGAGGGUCCAACAGGCAAACGCUCCAGAGACAACUCUGGAGGGAGGCGUGUCCCACUGUGGGGCACCGAGCACGCCACCUGGCGCCACUGCCGGGGGACGACCUGCCACAGAAAAUCCCCCUGAACAGGGAUGGAUGUGGAGAGCUGCGGUUCAAGAACAUGUGCAUGCACAACAGACUGGUUCUGAUGAGAGGAGUCGUGGUUUGCAGCCAUUUGCCGUUCUGGACGAAGCUCCCGUGAGUCUGCAGGGAAAGUCAGUGAUGAAGUUGGCCGCGCCGUCCCUGCUGAACGAUUACUACACUAGUGUUCUGGACUGCAGUUGUAAUGGUUUGGUUGCAUUAGCCCUGGGCUCUUCUGUUUACCUCUGGAAUUCAGAAACUCGUGCCCUGGUGGGACACUUGGACCCUGGUCCUCAAACGGGACGGCCGCGCCACCGGUCCGUCUCGUCCCUGUGCUGGAGCAGGGACGGCACAGCUCUCUGCGUCGGCACCAGGCGAGGGGAGAUACAGCUGUGGGAUGUUGAAAAUGAGCAGAAUAUGAGUUGUCUACCAUCACACCUGUCCGUGGUCGGAGCACUUUCCUGGAAACAGCAGUUACUCAGCAGCGGCUCUGUGCUCGGACGUAUCCACCACCUUGACCCCCGGGCUCCUGCACCUCUGGUGGGUGCAGCCGUCCAGACGGGGGGGAUCUGCAGCCUCCAGUGGUCGCCGGGAGACGACUGGCUGGCCAGCGGCUCGGCAGACGGCCUCCUUCGCAUAUGGGACAGCGACAUCGCGGGGCUCACGAGGUCAAAACAGCCGGUGACGACGAUGAAACAGCCCAGCGCCGUGAAGGCGAUGGGAUGGUGUCCAUGGCAAGGAAAGACGAUCGCUACGGGCGGGGGAUGGAAAGAUGGCGUGCUGAGAAUCUGGGACACACAAUCGGGGACUUGUGUCACUUCUGCCAACACAAACUCACAGAUCUGUUCUCUGCGAUGGGCUGAAAAGAAGAGGUAUGUGGCCACAGGCCAUGGCCUCCCUCAUCACCAAGUCGUCUGCUGGACCUGGGAGUUUCCUUCCCUCAACCCAGUCGAUCGGCUCACAGUUCAUUCUCGUCGAGUCCUGCACUUGGCCCUAAACCACGACGGUUCUCAGAUUUUCUCCGCUGGAGUGGACCAACGGCUUCAUGUCUGGGACCGUUGAAUCAUCCGCAUCACAUCACAAACACGGACGGUGAACGUCCUUGGCAACUGGUCGGACCUGUUUUUGAAACUUGUCUUCACAGACAUGUGUUCGCUCACUUCCUUUGUAAAUCUCUCUGGUCGAUCGUGCCCGUUUCUGAACUAACCACAUUGUCACGACAGUUCAUCACCAAGUCAAAUGUGCGGUCACACUAAGAUAGCUCACACAGUGCAAUGUGAGGAGGGUUUUUUGUUUUGUGGCUCCUUCAGGGUGAAAUAGUCAAUUUAAAAAUCAUACUGAUGAGAAUAAUGAUUUCGGUCAUAUAGCCAUUUACUUGCCAAUGCUGAGAGGGCAUGCAAAACAAUCACCUACCAACCAACAGUUGAAUUACUAUUUAAGAAAAAAUUGCAAACAAAUGCAGUACGUCUAUAAAAGUCUAUAAAAAAAAGUGUUAUCAGGCAUGGUGUAAGAGCUCAAGGUUAAUUGUGUUGUGGCUGCCACUUGACGUGAAUGUGCUUGACUUGACAUUUCUUUGACGAUGACUUUAACUUCCCACGGAGAGCCGAGUGUUUGAGGAGUUAUUUAACAUUCGGGCAGUGACCGCUCCCACACUUAAAUUACACAUCAAUAAAACGAAAGCAGAGUCUUCUCCCGGGUGUGUUGAAAGAUGUCGCUCUGGCAUAUUUUUUUGUCAGAUUGGACUCGAGAGAACACUCUGUGCCUUUUGUGCAAGAGUGUGGAAGGCUACCUUUGAAGUCCCCCCCCCCCAUGUGAUGUGGCUUGGUGGUGGGUGACAUGUUCAGUGACACUGAGGUGCAGAGGAAAUAGUGCAAGAGGUGAAUGUUUAGACUCCUCUGUUUCUCAGACUUGCACCAAGCCGCUUGUCACCGAGACACAGACACAUGGUUAGAUGCAGCAGUCAUGAAACUUCUCAGCCCUGACCCCCAGGGCGGCAGAGACUUGUGGCCCCCCACUAUCCGUGGAGCUGGUGAAGGCGUACAAAUGACAUCGAUUUAAAGUAGUUUGAAAAAAGUAAUAAUAAUAAUCCCUUUCCUGUGUCUCCUGUGUUUCCUGUGGUGCUGUAAAUUGACCUGCUCACAACUGAUGCCGUCACUGAUCUGUCAUAAUCACCUCAGGGUUCACGUGAGGACGAAGAAAAAUCGGAAGACUCGGGACGCAUUUCUUAUAUUGCACGGUUUUGUCUCACACAAUAUUUUUGUCUGUCUUUUGUAACAAUUUAUGGCAAAUAUGAUGAAUGUAAUUGGAUUAGCAAAAAAAGUGAUGUUGGGUUUUUGUCGCGUUUGCACAAUUCUGUCAAUUCAAAUACUUUGCCAAGAAGAUCCCUAAUAAACACAAUCACACGACAA